AUGGCUUUCAGAGUUCCUCGAGUGCUGCAAUCAAUGCAAAUCUUCAGGCAAGCGAAACUGUUUGCAACCUCAAAGUCUGCUGAUGUUCCAAAGGGUUACUUUGCGGUGUACGUAGGGGAGAGCCAAAAGAAGAGAUAUGUGGUUCCGAUAUCGUUCUUGAGCCAACCAUCUUUUCAACAUCUGCUAAGAAAGGCAGAGGAUGAGUUUGGGUUUGAUCACCCAAUGGAUAGACUAACAAUCCCCUGCAGUGAAGAAACUUUUGCUGAUCUCACCUCGCAUAUCCAAAACACACAUCUCCUUCUGUAA